AUAAAAUUUUGUUGGAUUAUAUUUUAUUUUAAUGAAAUCUUGUUGUUAGGUUAGCGUUGCUUAGUCUUGUGUAGCCUAUAAAUCUAGCCUUAUUAGUUUCUGGUUUAUAGACGAAAUCAUUAAGCUUUCUAAAUCUUUCAUAGCUCCAAAUAAACUAAUAAAAGAAUUGACUAUCAACAAUGGCUAACUCGUCUUCAUGUGAGAUCAAAGUCGAUGGAGAUACAACGCCUAACUUAUCUUCACCUAAGAUGAAAGUGCAUGAAAUUGCUACUACUAGUAUUGUUGAUAAAAACACUAAGUUUGAAGUUGAAGUAGAAGAUGAUGAUGCAAACUUUGUAGCAGCAACACUGAUUAUGCAAUCAGGAACACUAUCAAUGGCGAUGAAGGCGGCUGUGGAGCUCAACAUCUUCGACAUUAUGGCGAAGGCAGGCCUUGAUCGCCUGCUUUCGCCUAAGGAGAUUGUUGCUGAGCUCCCGGCCUCACAAAACCCCGACGCAGCGUCAAUGCUGGACCGGGUGCUCCGCCUGUUGGCUUGUCAUUCCGUCGUCAGCUGCUCUUUCGAGCACACCGCCGCUGUUGGCGGCGGUGUCGAAAGGCGGUAUGGGUUGAGUCCUAUAUCCAAGUUCUUUGUUGGAGAUGAGAAUGGGGUUAGCCUUGGCCCCUUCUUGUCCUUGACUGAAGACCCUAUUGUUCGUGCAAGCUGGGGCAAAUUCAACGAAGCGAUAUUAGAAGGAGGGAUUUCCUUCAACAAGGUCUAUGGAGUACAUGCAUUUGAUUACCCUCGAUCAGAUCCAAGAUUCAAUGAAGUUUUCAACUCAGCAAUGUUUAAUUACACAACUAUUAUCAUCAAAAAAAUCCUCCAAAAAUACAAAGGUUUUGGGGAUAUCAAGCAACUUGUUGAUGUAGGUGGUGGUCUUGGACAUAGUCUCCAUGCUAUUACUUCAAUGUAUCCUUUCAUUAAAGGCGUCAAUUUUGACUUGCCUCAUGUCAUUUGCAAUGCUAAGUCUUACCCUGGCAUAGAACAUAUUGGUGGAGACAUGUUUCAAAGUGUUCCUCAAGGCGAUGCCAUAUUCAUGAGGUGGAUUCUUCAUGAUUGGAGUGAUGAUCAUUGUUUAAGUGUAUUGAAGAAUUGCCAUAAAGCAAUACCUGAGAAUGGGAAGGUGAUUGUUGUGGAUUCAAUUGUCAUAGAACAGCAUGAGACUACAGCUAUUGCAAAGACAAUUAGCCUAAUGGAUGUGUAUAUGAUGAAUAAGAAUCCAGGAGGGAAGGAAAGAACUCAGAAGGAAUUCAUAGCUUUGGCAAAUGCAGCUGGUUUUACUAAGAUUAGAAUUGUUUGUCGAGUUUGUCAAGUGUGGAUCAUGGAAUUUCACAAGUAA